CGGCGGGAGCGGGAUUACUGAGCCCCGGCCUGGAAGCGUAAGAGCGGCCCGCUGGACGCAGCAUGGAGGACGUGAAGCUGGAGUUCCCCUCCCUCCCGCAAUGCAAGGAGGACGCCGAGGACUGGAGUUAUCCGAUGAGAAGGGAGAUGCAGGAGAUUUUACCUGGCUUGUUUUUGGGUCCGUACUCCGCAGCAAUGAAAAGCAAGGUGUCCAUACUCCAGAAAUACGGCAUAACGCACAUCAUCUGCAUAAGGCAAAGCAUCGAAGCCAAUUUCAUCAAACCAAAUUUUCAACACCUAUUUCGGUAUUUGGUGCUGGAUAUUGCAGAUAACCCCAUUGAAAACAUCAUACGUUUUUUCCCUACGACAAAAGAAUUCAUAGACGGAUGUUUACAGUCUGGAGGUAAAGCCCUCAUUCACGGGAAUGCAGGAAUCUCUAGAAGCGCUGCCUUGGUUAUUGCAUACAUCAUGGAAACCUUUGGUAUAAAAUACAGGGACGCGUUCACAUACGUUCAAGAAAGAAGGUUUUGCAUUAACCCCAAUGCUGGAUUUGUACAUCAACUUCAGGAAUAUGAAGCCAUCUAUCUAGCAAAAUUAACCAUCAAAAUGAUGUCUCCUCUGCAGUUGGGGAGGACUUUCUCCUUACAGUCUGGUGCCGCAGGAAGUCUGAAGCGGACCCUCGAAGAGGAUGAUGAGCACGGGAACAUGCAGGUGUCUGUGGCCCACGAGGGCUGACUACCAAGCCGGUCCCCAGAGGGCCCGGUAACCCCCACACGGCUUCUUGUCCAGGUGCUGCUGUUGUACUUUAUAGACAAUAACGGGACUUUCCAUGGAUUGUGUGGAAUUCACUGAUUGUUUUACUGCUUUUUACACGGCCCUUUUACCUAAGACUUCGAUUUUCUCUUUUGAUGUGCAAAGAGGUAUUACUGCAAUAACGCACUUUUUUCAUACUUGAAGUUUUUUUCUUUUUUCUUUUUGUAUAAUAAAAAAAAAAAAUUUCAUGCAAUGCAACCGAUGGGAGGGAGAUGCGUUUCUAAGAAAAAUUAUUUAAUUUAUAAAAAGAAAAGCUUUAGUAAUUGAAAUGUUUGCUAAACUUUUGUGUUUUGUAAAUACAUUUUAUAGGUUUAGAAGUUCUGGAAAUUUUUAACAGAGUUCUAUACUUAAAAUGGGAAGAAAACAAACACCCCCGUUCAUUGGGGAAGAUUGUACACUGUUGGUGUAGCCUUCUAUAAGUAUCAGAGUCCUUUUUUAUGCGAUUUAUAUUGUCAUUGACCUGAAAAAGAGAACAGAGCUUGUUCCUACGUAACAGAUUGUUUCAAUGUUUUCCAAAUAAACCGAUGUAAAUUUCACCUGGU